GGAUGCGUUGCCAUCAGUUUAUGUUACACCAAUGCUUCACUUCAACCUUGGGUUUGGCGAAACGAUUGCAUCAAAUGGGUGCCUAUUUAUUCAGCCAACUAAACAAAAUCAAUCACCACCUCCCGUUACUAGAAGCAUUUAUGUGGCAAGGGUGGCAUCACCAUCGUCCACUGAUAGAUCUAUCCAUACAGCAAGCAUCAAUGGACUUAAAAACUGGUUUGAAGAAGCUGAUAGGAUAGUUUGCGAAGGAGAUAUUAUAGCAAUACCUACUGACGAGGAAGCUGCACGGUUAAGACCACAGAAAAUUGAAGGUGAUAUUGAGACAUUAGAAGACAUGGAUAUUGCAACGUCACCAAUCAACCCUGGAACUGUAGUAUAUUUCAAAAUUUCAGAUAUGAAACGCAAGAAUGCGAAAAUAUGCUUGAAAUAUGGUUAUGGCAUGCGCGUAGAUCAUAAUUGUACUGAAAUGGUUCAAACUGGAAUGGUACAUUCUAAAGUGCCUUUCGUGAAACAUUAUUUGAAUCCCAAUGUUUCGAAUCGAUUAGAUUUAUAUCCAUUUCUAACCUCGUCAGAAACACCUCAGUCUCGACUUUUCAACCUUAUUUCUUCGUGCCUACAUCCAAGUGCUGUGUCACUUAAUCUCAGCUGUACUGUUCUUUUACAUGGUCCACGUGGCUGUGGCAAAAAGACAGCAGUCGAAUGGAUUGCCGAAAGAAUUGGUGUUCACGUUUAUGAAGUGAAUUGCUUUGACUUCGCUGGUGAAACUGAUACAAAAACAGAAACGUCUCUUCGUUCAAGACUUGAUAAAGCUGUGACUUGUUCUCCUUGUGUGUUAUUAUUACGUCAUAUUGAUGCACUUGCUAGGAAAAGUGCUAUAUUGGAGACUGGUCAAGAACCUACAAUUUCUAUUAUCUUACAAGAAUCUUUUAAACAACUGAUUGAAAAUUUCCAAACUAUUGGAUAUCCAGUUUUAGUAGUGGGUACGACAGGUGAUAUUGAUAAAGUACCUUCUAGCGUGAUUGGUUGUUUUAGGCAUGAAAUUAUUUUCGAAGCUCCAUCCGAGUCAAUAAGAUUAGAAAUUUUAAAGCAAUUGACAAGUGAAACACCGGUCGCUCCGGAUGUUUCGUUAUCAUCACUAGCAACACAAACCGCUGCAUUAGUCGCUAAUGAUUUGGUGGAUUUAGUUGGCAGAGCAGGCUUGGCUGCACUGGAACGCGUAGAAAAUGUCGUGAAAAGAACAAAACAAUCAUUAAAAGAUAUUGAUCUUAUACAUGCAGGAAUUGCUCUAACGGCAGCUGAUUUUGAUGAUGCUCUCGGCAAAGCAAGAGCUUCAUAUUCAGAUAGUAUUGGCGCCCCAAAAAUUCCGAAUGUGACAUGGGAUGAUGUUGGAGGCCUUGCAUCU